UCUCAGGCGUCAGGUCACUUACUGAAAGUUCUCCCUGAGCGUCUGUAGCAUUCUUGGCGCCACCGUCUUCGAGUAGGGUUUUUUAUUUACGCGCUGACUGUGUUUCUCUUUGUUAGUGCAGUUACUUCGACGACGAGGCUCAGUGUGUGAGCCACUGUUGUGAUGGUCGCUCGUUGGAAUCGUGUUGGCUUAUUUCCGAUAAUCCCUCGGUACAAAAUGGUUUACGGACUUCUCGUGAUUUGUCUCUCAGUUAUCGGCUUCGCAUCUGCCAUGGACCGGACUUGCGAACCGAUUCGAAUCGACACUUGUUACGACAUUGGCUAUAAUAUAACAGGCAUGCCGAACCUGGUCGGCCACGAACUCCAACAAGAUGCCCAGUUGCAACUUCAAACAUUUACGCCGUUGAUCCAGUAUGGGUGUUCGUCGCGCCUACGAUUUUUCUUGUGUUCGGUGUACGUUCCAAUGUGUACGGAGAAAGUUCCGGUUCCUAUCGGACCCUGUCGCACGCUUUGUGAAGACGUUCGUGACAAGUGCCAGCCGGUGCUUCAAGAAUUCGGUUUCCCUUGGCCGCCUGGACUAAACUGUUCCAAAUUCCCGCCUCAAAACAACGACAAACACAUGUGCAUGGAAGGGCCUGCAGACCAGAAGGGACCCGAUUCGAACAUGCGGAUUAGAAAUAGAAACAGUCGCCCAAGUAUCUUGAGGAAUCACCAAGAAAUGAGAACCUACAUAGAAAGGAAAGCUCCUUACAACAAAAUUAUGAACCAACAUUACGGACUCUGUAAGAAGUUUCGUCAUUCGGAUCAUUAUUAUUAUAUUAACAGGACUGAGAGAUGCGCUGUUGAGUGCAAAGCUAAUAUUAUCUUCAGCCAUGAAAACAAAUAUUUUGCUGAUUACUGGCUAGCAGUAUGGUCAGUUUUGUGUUUCUUGUGCACUCUUUUCAACAUACUGAUUGUUCUUAUUGGAGAGUAUCGAUUUAGGUAUCCUGAAGGUGUUAUUGUGUACAUCAGCUGUUGUUUUAAUGCCUGUGCCAUUGCUUAUUUGAUAAGAAUUUUUGCUGGACGUUAUCCAACUUCUUGCCAUAUGGAUCCUCAGCAUAAUGUUGCUAUUCUCAUCCAAGAAGGUUUGGAUAAUGUAACUUGUACCAUCAUUUUUGUGAUCUUAUAUUUUUUCAAAACAGCCACUGAUGGUUGGUGGGUAAUUCUAUGCAUCACUUGGUAUCUGACAAACAACCAGAAAUGGAGACAUGAAAGAAUGCAGGGUUUGAGCUCACAUUUCCACCUUUUUGCCUGGGGUAUUCCAUGUAUCUUAACUAUUAUUAUAUUAGUUACCAGAAUAAUUGAUGCUGAUGAGUUGAUAGGUAGCUGCUAUGUUGGAAAUCAAAGUAGAGAAAAUUUGCUGAAAUUUGUCAUAAUACCUUCUUUUCUGUAUAUUGCCACUGGAUUAAUCCUUCUAUUUAUGUCACUUCUGCCAGCACGUCCUACACAGGAAGUCUACAACCAAGUGCAGACCAACCCAAUACCUCCUAGAGUUCCUGAAAACCUAGAUUCUGUUACAUCUGCUACUGGCAUCUUCAUGUACCUCUAUGUCCUGCCAGCUUGUUGUGUUCUUGGAGCUGAUAUUUAUCAGUUUGUCAAUCGUGAAGAAUGGUUUGCCACUGACACAAAGUAUGGGCCUGUUGUGGAAGUCUUCUCCCUGAAAUUGUUUAUGUUGCAAAUUAUGGGAAUAGCUUCUUGUUUGGUAAUAUUUUCCAGCGAUGCCCGAAAGCGGGCAUUUCGGAGACUUUUUCAGAAGUUAACAAGACAAAAGAAACCUGUUCCUUCCUAUUUGAGAGUGAAUCCUCAAUUCGUAAAUGCAUCAACUCGCUCAAAAAGAUCUGUUAGCAGUAAAGCAAAUAGUGAAACUAUUGUAUAAUUUGAUGACUAGAUCUUUGUGACAUACCAAAGUGACUUAAUGCAGUUGAUGAAAUACUGAAGACUUCUGUGAUGCCCAAGUAGUUCCUUUUUAUCAUUUUUAGUAGGUACUUGUAAUCAACUGCUCAUCAUCAUUUUUAAGAACUUCCAUUUAAAGAAGACAUUUUUCAUGAUUUUGUAAAUAUACAUUUUUUCAUAAUCAUUGUUUUAUGAUGUUUGUAUAGUUAAUGUUUUAAAUGCUUUUAAACAAAAUCAAAAUUUUCUCUUACUGGCCUGUUUCUUGGUAACUCUUAGCUGUUAGUGUAUCUUCGAGUUACGAGAUUUAAAUUUAGAUGCAAUAUAUUAAAAUGUUAAAGAAAAUUGCAUUUUAAAUGAAACAUUUGUAUCUGUUUGUUUUUAUUUUUUAAUUGAAAUAUAUAUCAAAGAUAACAAGUGAAAGAUUCUCUGUUAAUUAAUUUGAAUGACUAUAGUGCUUUAAUGUUACAUUUUACUUCCUAUAUUAAUACACUUUUAUAUAACAUGUUUCAUAGUAUCCUGGCAUGACAGUUAUAAAAUUUUGUGUACUUACUAUGAAUUUGAUAAUUAUUAAAUUUAAUAUUCAUUCUAUACAAGAGACACAUCUUAGUUUCAAAUUUGAAUAAAAAAAUAAUUUCAAUAGUUUAAAGUAUUUUAUAAAAUAAAAACUAAAAUGUUGAAAAUAUUACAAUUUCUACAUUUUACUACCAAACAAUUGCAUUAAAGCUAAUUUUAUUAUAUCCUUCAUAUUAAAUGUGUUUGUAUAGAGAAUAUAUAGAGUUUAUUUUAUAAUUCUUACAAAAUUUAAGAAAGUGAUUUAUAUAAAUAAAUUUUCUAAUUUGUUACAUUUAAAGAGAAAUAAAUUUAGGUGAUUUGUCUAAAAACAGCAGUGAUAAUAAGCAUAUGUUAAAUGCUUAAUGGUUUGAUUUUUUUUUAAAGGGAAGAUUUUAUACUUUCCAAUAUAUAUAUAUUUUUUAUUUAUAUUGGAAUGAUAUCUAUUAGUAUAUCAUUUGCAAACCAAAUCAUUUGAUGUGCAUAAUAUAAUAAAAAUUGUACAUAUAGAAAUUACACUAACUUUAAAAAAGUUCAUUAAUAAACAGAGAGGAGGCAUAUUGCUUAAAAAUAAAUCAAAAGUGAAUAAGUAGUAAAUGUUCUGUGAUCAGGCAAAUAUGUUGCUUUUUGAACUGACUUGUAUAUAUUUAAUAAUAUAUCGAACAUAGCAAAAAUUUUUAGAGUUUAAUAUUUAAAAUUCAGAAUUAAAACUUGGUCUCUAAAUUAAUCCAGUUGUAGUAUAUUUUACAUAGCAAAAUAUUUUCAAGAUUUACUUACUCUAAGUUAUCCAUAUAUUAUUUAAAAGCUGUUCCUUUAUCUGUUAUUGUGUAAAGGUUUUUGUUUAUAUUUCAUUAAUUUAUUUCACAUUUUGAGGUUCCUUUAUAAAUAUCUUAAUUUCUGUAUUCAGUUUUGCUGAAUAUAUUCCAAAAUUCUGCAGUUAAAUAAGCCUUGUCUCAGAAUUUUUUAGUAGUUUGUAUUUCAUUUUUAAUGUUGGCAACGAGAUUUGCUUUAAACUUUGUGGUAGAAUUCUUUUUAAAACAUGCUUAUCUUCAAAUCAGAUGAUAGAUAGAUAGAUUUUUAGUUAUUGUAAUAAUUAUAUUUAUAGGUUGUUUUUAUAUGUGUCUGACCGGUGAAUAGAAUUAUUGAAAGACAUAAAUUAAGCAUCCAAAAUUUCUAUGGAGAUACUAUCUUUUUUUCCUGUGUGGAAGGAUUUUGUUUGUUUGAGCAUUUUAAAAUGCAGCAUGCAUUUGAUUUUGUUAUUCUUAAAUCUUGUGUGAAGAUUGCUUAUGAAUUGAAAAUUUUAUUUUACUUAAAUUGAAUUUCUUAUAUUAGAAAUAAGAUGACUGAAAAACAAACAUGCAUCUUGUGUAUGACAACUUUUUAAAAAAUCCACUUUUUAAAGUUAUACCCUUGGAUCAUAAUGUUGUAUUAAAUCCAGGUUAUAAUUUAAUACAUUUUCUGAAUUUAUUAACUGUUUUCACUGAUAUUUGAUUUACUGUUUUUAGCAUGCAAAAAUAUAAUAUGCUUGCAGUUAAUUUGUAUUUUAAUUUUUUCUUUUAUUUUGUAGGGAUAAAAAUUAUAAAAGUGAUUUUUUUUGUACAUA